AUGGAUAUUUAUGUUAAGCAUGCUGAAGAUGAGCACAAUGAUAAUGUAAAUGUUGAGCCAACUCAAUCUGUUUUAGUGGAUCAUGUAGAGUUAGGUGACGAAGUUGACAUAAUUGAAAAGUUUGCAUAUGGUGUGGAUGAUUCUAGUAGUUUUUUUGACCUUAAUAAUGUUCCAUGUAAUCCUAAUCUUGAGCAUAUUGAUUAUGAUGAAGAGGCAACUGAUAACGAAGAUGAGGAGGUUAUCAUGGCUAGGCAACAAAUUAUACUUGAUAAGAAACAAGCGCUAGAUUACCAACAAGAGUUAGGGUCAUUACAGAGGAUAGCUGACAGGAAGGGUGUCAAUAUUUCUUUAAAUUCUUAUGAUGAUGAGGAGUGUGACUCUGAUGAGUUAGAUAGCCCUAAUUCCAGUGAUGAUGAAGAUGAGUGUGGGUACCUUGUGGACACUUCACAUCCUAGGAAAAAAAAGAAAAUGAGGGAAACACCUAAUACAUCUUCCACCGUCGUGGGUAUGCAUGAUGAUUACUUCUAUUUAGGGCAACAAUUUGAGAAUGCAGCUGAAUUUAGGAAAGCCGUGACAACUUAUUGCAUGUUGAGGGGGAGGGAUGUGGAUUUCAAAAGGAAUGAGAAAACUAGAAUAUCGGGGAAGUGUUCUGCCACUGAUUGUCCUUGGUAUAUCUGGGCUAGCAUGGAUAAAGGUUCCUUCACUGUCAAAACCUAUAUUCCCACUCACACUUGUGGCAGACUUGCAAGAGUGAAAAAAUUGAGAGCAAAAUGGAUAGCUGAGACAUUCCAUAAGAAGUUCAGUGUGAACCCUUACCUUAAACUCAGAGAAAUAGUUGACACCUUGUGGGAUGAGUAUGGGGUAAAGGCAUCACUAGUUCUAGCAUUGAGGGCAAGGAGAAUAGCUCAGAACAAAAUACUUGGAGAGUACAAGGAGCAAUAUACUAUUUUACAUAGAUAUGUGUUAGAAAUUAAAAAGUCUAACUCUAGAAACAAUGUGAAACUGAAGCUGAACAAUGGUGUAUUUCAAAGAAUUUACAUUUGUUUUGAUGCUAUCAAGAAAGGUUAUUUGGGUGGAUGCAGGCCAUUUUUUGGCAUUGACGGAUGUUUUCUGAAAGGUCCUUUUGGAGGGCAAUUACUGGUAGCUGUUGGCAGAGAUGGAAACAACCAAAUGUUUCCAAUUGCAUGGGCCUGUGUAGAAGUUGAAGAUACAGAGAGCUGGGUUUGGUUUUUGGAAAACUUGGCAAGUGAUCUGGAAACAAGUGAUGGAAAUGGGUUUACUAUUAUGUCAGACCAACAAAAAGUGUUGCUUGCUGCUGUUUUUGAGGUAUUUCCUAUGGUUGAAAAGAGAGUAUGUGCUAGGCAUGUAUACAUGAAUUUUAGAUCGGUUUUUGGCGGAGGAUUAGAAUUCAGGAGGGUGUUUUGGAAAAUAGCUAAGAGUACCACUGAAAAUGAUUUCAAUACAAACAUGGAAAUAUUUGGUGGUCUGUCAAAGUUAGCAGAACAAGAUUUAAGGAAAAGGAAUUAUAGAAAGUGGGUGAGGGCAUAUCAGGAGCCUUUUAGCAAUUGUGAUAGCGUAGACAACAACAUGAAUGAAGUGUUUAAUUCAUACAUUCUUUCUUCUAGGCAUAAGCCACUUAUCACUAUGUUGGAGGACAUUAGAGAAGGCAUAAUGGAAAGGAUUCACAAAAAAAGAGAUUACAUUGCCAACAAACAGGUUUACUUAUGCCCUCGAAUACAAGAGAAAUUAGAAAAAUCAAAGAUUUUUGCAAGGGGGUGGCUUGCAUUUUGGGAUGGAAAUUUCUCAUAUGGGGUAAGGCAAGGAUCGACACAAGUCAGGUAUGUUGUGAACUUAGGGAACAAGACGUGCAGUUGUAAUGCUUGGCAAUUGAGCGGUAUCCCAUGCAAUCACGUCGUUGCAGCAAUUUGGAAAGCAAAUGAAAUUCCUGAGCACUAUGUGGCAGAUUGCUACAAGAAGGUCAAUUAUUUGAAGGCUUAUGAAUUCCCUUUGGAGCCUUUGAAUGGUCCUCAAAUGUGGCCAGACUCUCCUUAUGACCCCAUAAUUGCACCUCCUCUGAAGAAGUUGAGAAACAGACCAAUAGUGAAAAGGAAGCCAUCAGUUGGGGAAGUAGAUGCUAUCAAGUUGAGUAGGAAGGGUCAAACACAGAAAUGUGGAAAUUGUGGUGGACAAGGCCACAAUAAGAGGAGCUGCCCAAAUCCACAGAAGGUGGUCCAACCAAGACAAGCUGUGAAUGCGAGUAAUACUACUACCACAACAACACAAAGUAGAAGAACAAACAAUCCUUUUGAUCUCAAUUUGUGA